ACCCAGACAUUUACUCUUGGAGAUCUCUCGAGCAAGACUUCACUGACUUCCAGAGACACAUUUGUACCAUUUUUCCUUUCUUUUGUUUGGGACCACUUAGCAAGAAGCUACCUGAGGCGACAUGGUGUCUGCCGGCUUUCAGAUCCUGGGCACCGCCCUGUGCAUUAUCGGCUGGAUCGGGACGAUCGUCGUCUGCGCCCUCCCCAUGUGGAAGGUGACGGCAUUCAUCGGCAGUAGCAUCGUCACUGCUCAGACCACCUGGGAGGGCAUCUGGAUGAACUGCGUGGUCCAGAGCACAGGCCAGAUGCAGUGCAAGGUCUACGAUUCAAUGCUGAACCUCUCCACGGACCUCCAGGCCGCCCGCGCCCUCACCAUCAUCGCCAUCAUGCUCGGCGUCGUAGCCAUCCUCCUCUCCCUCGCGGGGGGCAAGUGCACCAACUGUGUGGAAGAUGAGGCGUCCAAAGCCAAGAUCGGCAUAGCGUCCGGUGUGCUCUUCAUCCUCACCGGCAUUAUGUGCCUCAUCCCUGUGUGCUGGACGGCAAAUACCAUCAUUAGGGACUUCUACAACCCGAUGCUGGGGAGCUCUCUGAAGAAGGAGCUCGGAGCUGCGCUCUUCAUCGGCUGGGGGGCCUCAGCCAUCCUCAUCCUGGGUGGUGCGCUCCUCUGUGCCAACUGCCCUCCCAAGGAUAACUACGGUGCCAAGUACUCUGCCGCCCGUCCAAACGCGCCCAAGGACUUUGUCUGAGGGAGUAAGAGCCAAAGAGACUGGGGAGAGAAAAAAAAGACUUGAGUCAAAUGCUUUGCGGUCCAUGAAAUGGAUUCAUGUUGCAUUUGAAUUUCACAGGGAUGUUAUUGUGCUCAGUUUAGUUUGAUGUGUUCAUGUUGACUUACAGCACUUCAAGGUUUGUCUCAUCAGUGCCAAGAGGAUAUGUGCACCCCGCCCAAACCAUGUGGACUGAGUGAUGCAUGCUUAAUCAGUGGGAGUGAAAAACGUGUAUGCAUCUUUAUAUAUAUUGGAUUGCCAUUUUCAUUUUAUUUCAAAAUGUGUAUCAUAUGUGACUGUCUGAAACUGUAAAUAAAGAUUGUUUUUUA